AUGUCCAAUUCAUUGGAAGUAAUACCAAAGAUACUAGAACAAUCAUUAACACCACAAUUCUCAAAUCAAGCAGAAAAAGAAUUAAGAUCAAUUGAAAAUGAAUCAGGAUUUUCAAUAAAUUUAUUACAUAUUAUAGCAUCAACUAAUUUAUCAUUAUCGAUAAGAUUAGCAGGAGCUCUUUAUUUUAAAAAUCUUAUAAAAAGAAAAUGGGUAAAUGAAGAUGGUAAUUAUUUAUUACCAAUUCAAGAUGUUGAAAAAAUUAAAUAUGAAAUUAUUGAUAUAAUGAUAAAAUUACCAAAUCAAUUACAAAUACAAAUUGGAGAAUCAAUAACUUUAAUUGCAGAAAGUGAUUUCCCACAUAAAUGGCCUAAUUUAAUAGAAAUUUUAGUUGGGAAAUUAUCAUUAACUGAUUUUAUAAAUAAUAAAGCUAUUUUAUUAGUAUCUCAUUCAAUUUUUAAAAAAUGGAGACCAUUAUUUAGAUCUGAUGAAUUAUUUUUAGAAAUUAAAUCAGUAUUAGAAGUAUUUGUUGAACCAUUUUUAAAAUUAUUUAUUGAAUUAGAUCAAUUAAUUACCGAUCUGAAAGAUAAUGAAGCUCAAUUAAUAAUAUAUUUUGAAAAUUUAUUAUUAUUAAUACAAAUUUAUUAUGAUUUUAAUUGUCAAGAUAUUCCUGAAUUUUUUGAAGAUCAUAUGAAUGAAUUAAUGGGUAUUGUUCAUAAAUAUUUAAUUUAUGACAAUAAAUUAUUAAUUAAAACAGGAGAAGAUGAAGAAGUUGAAAUAUUAAUAAAAGUUAAAACUUCAAUAAUUGAAUUAUUAUCAUUAUAUGUCACAAGAUAUGCAGAUGUAUUUGAACCAUUAAUACAAACAUUUAUAACAUCAGUAUGGGAAUUAAUAAAUAAUUUUGUAACAAAACAACCAAAAUUUGAUUUAUUAGUAGUUAAAGCAUUACAAUUUUUAACAUCAAUUAUAAAAAUACCUACAUAUCAAUCACUUUUCCAAAGUGAACAAUCAGUUAAUGAAAUAAUAGAGAAAAUCAUAUUACCUAAUAUAAAAUUAAGACAAAUUGAUGAAGAAACUUUUGAAGAAGAACCUAUAUUAUUUGUUAGAUCUGAUUUAGAAGGAUCAGAUUUUGAUUCAAGAAGGAAAAGUGCAACAGAUUUUUUAAGAGAAUUAAAAGAAUUAAAUAGUGAAUUACUUACAACAACAGUAAUGAAAUAUGUUAAUGAAUUUUUAAGUCAUUCUAAUAAUGAUUGGAAAAAUAAAGAUACUGCAAUUUAUUUAUUUAGUUCAUUAGCAACAAAAGGAAGUGUAACUAAUGUUGGUGUUACAUCAACAAAUGUUUUAGUUGAUGUUGUUAAAUUUUUUUCAGAUAAUGUUGCUCAUGAUUUACAAUCAUCAGAUGUUCAUCCUAUUUUACAAGUUGAUUCAAUAAAAUAUAUUUUCACUUUUAGAAAUCAAUUAACAAAAGAUCAAUUGACAGCAACGAUACCGUUAUUAAUAGAUCAUUUAAGUCCAUCAUCAAAUGUUGUAGUUUAUACAUAUUCAGCAAUUACAAUUGAAAAAUUAUUUUCAAUGACUAAUUUUAGUCAAGGUCAUCAACCAGUUUUUAAAAAACAAGAUAUAGAACCAUUUGUUACACCUUUAUUAACAAAUUUAUUUAAUUUAAUUUUAAAAAAUAGAGAUUCACCAGAAAAAUUAGCAGAAAAUGAAUUUCUUAUAAAAUGUAUAAUGAGAAUUUUAAAUACAUGUGAAGAUUUAUUUACAGAAAGAAUUACAAUAAUUGAACAAUUAUUACAAAUUUUAAAAAUUAUAGCAAAAAAUCCAUCAAAUCCUAAAUUUUCUCAUUAUAUAUUUGAAUCAUUAGGUUUAUUAAUUAAAUAUGGAGUUAUACAAGAUCCAAAAAAUAUUAAUAUUUAUAUAGAACAUAUUAUACCUGGAUUAUUAAAUAUUUUAAGUGAAGAUGUUCAAGAAUUUGUUCCUUAUACAUUUCAAAUUUUAGCAUUUUUAUUAGAAAAUUAUCCAAAAUCUCAAGGAUUACCAGAAACUUAUAAAACUUUAAUUCAACCAUUAAUGUCACCUGCAGUUUGGCAAUUUAGAGGUAAUAUUCCUGGUAUAACAAGAUUAUUAAUUUCAAUAUUAGAACAUGAUCCAAAUUAUUUUGUUGAAUCAAAUCAUUUAACUCCAAUUUUAGGAGUUUUUCAAAAUCUUUUAGCAAGUAAAGCAAAUGAUUCUUAUGGUUUUAAUUUAAUACAAAGUAUAUUAUUAAAUGUUCCAUUACAAUCAUUACAACCAUAUUUAAAUAAUAUUGCAAGAAUAAUUUUAACAAGAUUACAAAAAUCAAGAACUGAUAAAUUUGUUAAAAGAUUUGUUGUAUUUUUAUUUAUAUUAACUACAUCAAAAUUAAGUAAUAAUAAAUUUAAUAAUACUGAUGCUGUUAGUGGAGGAGAUUUUAUAAUCCAAUUAAUUGAUUCAGUUCAACAAGGUUUAUUUCAACAAAUUUAUACAUCAUUUAUAUUACCUACUUCAUCAGUUUUAGCAAAUUUACAAGAUAAAAAAAUUGUAAAUAUUGGAAUAAGUUUAUUAUUAAAAAAUCAAAAUUUUAUAAAUCAUUAUUCAAAUUUAAUUAAACCAACAAUUGAAACAUUAGAAAAAAAUUUACAAUCAUAUGAAGGAAUAGUUAAAUCAACAUCUUCAACUGCAGCAAUAACAUCUUCAAAUUCAUCAUCAUUAAUGAUUCAAACACAUAAUAAUAUUAAUGAACUAGAUUCAGACAUUUCUUCAUUUGGAUCUCAAUUUUCAAAAGUUAUAUCUAUAACUCAACCUCCAUUUGAUCCAAUUUCUCAAAUUGAUAAUAAUAAUUUUGAAGCUAUUAAAUCAACUAUUAUAUCAAACAUUCCUCAUUAA